AUGGCCAAUGGCGUCACUAGGGGGGUGCGGGGGGUGCGGACCGCACCGGGUGACACCCUCACAAGGGAGAUAGAGCUUUUAUUAGAAAUACCAAGACUGAGAAGACAACUAAAGGCAGCAGAAAUUGAUCUUGAAGAAGCCAAAGACUGGUCAGUACUUGACAUUUUGAAAUUCAUAGUUGAAUGGGACUUCCUAGAAUCUCUCCCAUAUCUCUCAGAAAUAAUUACAGACAUUGAAACAGCAAAGCUGGAAUAUUUGAAAAAUUCAAAAACUGGAACAAAAAAAGAAAAAUUCUUGGAUAUUCUGUCAAUAAUUAAUAACAUUGUGAACUGCAAACAAACUGAAAAAAUUCCGUGUUACGUAAGUAUUGAUGACAAAAAGACAAGUGAACCUUCACCUCCUAGUAGUAACAGCUCAAAUUUGAAUAAAUUGCAUUGGGCAGAUGCUGUUAGAUCUCUACCAAGAACCCCUCAACCUACACCUCCUUGGCAUUCAGCUGGUGGGAGAAGUGCGGACAUAGAUGUCUUUGAGCAAAAAUAA